AAGAUUGAACUUCCUGUCCGUCAUUUUGCCUGUACGCGUUGUUCUUUUUCGCUAUUGGACAUCCCUGCGCUAGCUUGAAAAAUCCAAUUUAACGACGUUUUUUCGGUGUUUUCCGACUUCUUCAGCAUAUAAACAACGAAUAUUUAAUUUAAUAAACAUGGACCAAAUGGAAGACCCUGCUGGAUCGGAUAAUAAACGAGCUAUAGAGCGGAAAAGGAGUUGAGGAUGCCAAACGAGGACUUCAGAGAGGACAAGCUUUCAACAUCAGCACCGUCCAUCACUUUGUCCCUCCCCUCAUACCAUAAACAUCACGCACAGGAGCUGGUUUAGCCAGAGUCCUCACCCCUAAUACUGAGUCUAGCAGUCUCAUCACAAGCAUUACGAUGGGUGGUAACGAAGGAGGUGGACGGGGAGGAGAGCGAUGGAGCCUCUUUGGGGUGCGGCCCAUCGUGCAGAAAUCCCCCACUGACCCAGGAUCAGAAACCAACACACCUGGGGGAUUCACACUGCAGUCGUACUUUGGGGUUCAGAAGUCCAAUACAAUGGAUGCCAUAAAGACCCAGAUAAACCUUACUGUUGAAGAUCCUACCAAGUUCAAUUCUCCCAAGAUCGAGAUGAGUGGCGAGGAGGGAAAGAAAACAUCCUGUCACAGACUGAGACACCGAGACAUGAACAUUCUCACUCCCUCAGGCUUCUGAACUCCACAAGUCGUCAACUCUCUUAAGAUUCCUCGCCUUUUAUAUACACAUCACAGCACAAAUCGACAGAUCUGUCACUUGCUGUUUUAUGGUCUCUUGUGAGUAACCACAUGCAAACUUAACCUGUUUCCCAAUAUAGUUUUAAUAGAAUUUCCCUUUAAAUUAGAUAAGAGACAUAGAAUCUCUUACAUUAGUGCCAAGCAUCACUGAUAGUUGUUUUUAUUUGCAUUCCCCACCACCUCACUCCCCUGCCAAAACUGACCACUUUUUCUUGAACAUUUUGAAUGUUUUUUUUGAAUUACUGUGUGCUAUGAUGAAGUGAUUGCUUUUGAUUAUUAUGGUUUAAAUUUACCACAUUAAAAACCUACAUAAAAUUGCAGUGAAAAUAUGCAUAAUUACAAAUAUGCAUAAUUACAUAUAUGCAUAAAUAUGCUUCUGUGUUUUUAGGAAAGAGAUGCAUUCAUGAGUACAUCUGUUGACAGUAAAUCUGAAUUUUGUGGCCCAUUUUGAAAAGCUUGUGUGUGUUAAAUCUGUUUCAACAGCAUUUUCCAUUAAAUUGAUGGAUUUCAUCAGUGACAGCAGCACAUGUUGUAGUUAUAAAGCACAUAAACAGCAUAACAUACUGUUGCAUGCAUGUUAAUUGCCACUAAAUAACAUACAAUCUAGAAGUCAGGUUUGAGAAAACAGUCAGGUAUCCAUCUUUCUACAUAGUUGAAACAUGUUUAAGCGCCAUUUUUGUGACUGAACUGAACAAUUUAGUUCAGAUUACUAAUUUAUUUUAUUAAUCAAUGACGAGAUAUUGCCGUGAUAUUUUGUCAUGUGUGGUGCCCCGUGUGCAAUAAGCUACAGCAUUGUUUUAUAUCAGCAUGCUGAAAGCGCCUCAUUCCUAUCACUGGGUUUCACGUUGCACACAAGAUGUUUUUAAAUGUAUUUUCUGUAUAGUUUUGUGUUAUAUUUUCAUUUAUCUCACAACAACCAAGUAAUAUUUUGAAGCGUUGCUUUAUAUGCUGAAGCUGGAAUCAUUUCGGUUGCUAUUUUGUACAUUUGUAGUGGAAAUGCUUUGGCUUUACAAUAUUCCACUCUGCUCAACUUCACCUGUUGUAGUUUUUCCAUAGUGCUGGAAUCUGUUUUAUUAUGUUACAUUUAAAAAGACCGAAGUGGCUUUUGCGUCUCAGGCCAAACUGUUUAACGCCAGUCACGUGUUGUAUCACAUAUUACCUGUUCAUAAUGCUCAGUAUGAGUAUUUGAUUCCUAUAAUAAAACCGCUGUCAAGCACAAUGAACAA